GGGAAUGAAAGGAGACACUGGUAUGGAUGGAGACCCGGGGAUGAAGGGGGUACCGGGUUCCAAGGGAGAGCUGGGUCCGCCUGGGGACACCGGCCCCGAGGGUCCUCCCGGGAGACUCGGCCAGCCAGGAAAAACAGGUCUACCAGGUGACAAGGGAGAUCCAGGACCAACUGGUGCUCCCGGAGGUCCAGGCCCUGGAGGAAGACCUGGGCAGAAAGGAGAGCUUGGCCUGCCUGGUAGGAAAGGCAUACCUGGAGAAGAAGGACCAAAGGGUGAGCAAGGUACCGAUGGACCGAAGGGAAUGCAAGGAGAACUGGGGCCAAAAGGAGAAACGGGAAUGGAUGGGGAGAACGGGCUCGAUGGUGUGAAUGGUACAGAUGGCGUCGAUGGAGAAAUGGGGAUGAAGGGCGAAGGCGGUAGAAUUGGAACUCCUGGCAAAACGGGUCUCCCGGGUCCAGAAGGUCCUCAGGGAAUGAAGGGAGACUCUGGGCCACCUGGAAGAAUGGGCUCACCUGGCAAAACUGGUCCUGAAGGAGAGAAAGGAAUGAAAGGAGAUAUUGGAAUGGAGGGAAUUGAAGGUCCAAAGGGAGAGGAAGGAAAUGACGGAAUGAAAGGAGAUGUAGGAGAUAGAGGAGAAAAGGGCGAUCAAGGACAAAAGGGUGACGUUGGUCCGGAAGGAGAGAGAGGUUUCAAUGGUACCGAUGGUACUCCUGGUACCCCUGGGGAAGAAGGCAAAGAGGGUAUUGAAGGUCCACUGGGACCAGAGGGUCCACCUGGGAGGCAAGGGACACCAGGAAAACAGGGACUCCUGGGAGAGCCUGGAAAUAACGGUUCGAAGGGAGAGAAAGGAGACCUUGGGCCCAUUGGACCAGAGGGGAAGCAAGGAGACGAUGGCACGAACGGGACUGAUGGACUUCCAGGGAGAAUGGGCAGGCCAGGGAAAACAGGUCUAUCAGGAGAACCAGGGAUCAAUGGUACCGAUGGAGCUCCGGGUAUGAGGGGUAUGCCGGGGAAGAAGGGUGAGAUGGGAAUGAAGGGAGAUGAAGGGUUUGAUGGCAUACCGGGCAGAACAGGACAACCUGGGAAAAAUGGUACAGAGGGAAGAGAUGGGGAGAAAGGAGGAAUGGGAGAUCCAGGGAGAAUGGGCAAUCCUGGCAAACAAGGUUUACUAGGGAUGAAAGGUGAUGGGGGAGACACGGGAGAGCCGGGGUCUAGGGGAUUGCCAGGGAAACAGGGAGAGGAGGGGCCUCAAGGUCCACUUGGAGAGACGGGAGACAUGGGGAUGAAAGGAGAUAACGGCACGAAAGGUGACAAGGGAGAUUUUGGAGAGAAAGGGAUGACUGGAGAAGAAGGCCAGAAAGGAGACUUGGGAGAAGAUGGAGAAGACGGACUUCCCGGGGAAACUGGCAGAAAAGGAUUCCCAGGAGAUUCCGGAGAGAAAGGGGACUUGGGUAUGGAAGGUCCACAGGGAGACCAGGGAAUGAAUGGAACAAAGGGAGAAGUGGGAAUGAAAGGAGAUGAAGGUCCAAUGGGUAUGAAGGGAGAGAAUGGGACAGACGGAAGAGGUGGUACACCGGGAGAUAUGGGUCUACCCGGACAGCCAGGAAGUAACGGAACUGAUGGCAGGGACGGUACACCUGGACGGAUGGGCACGCCAGGAAAAACGGGCUUGUCAGGUCCUGAAGGUGAAGACGGGAUACCUGGAACACCAGGCAGAGUGGGACCUCCUGGCAAAACGGGGCCGAAUGGAGACAAGGGUGAUGUUGGAAUGCCCGGUGUAAUGGGUCUCACAGGGAAGCCGGGAGAGGAGGGUCCAAUUGGAGCUCCAGGUCCAGAAGGGCCAAAAGGAGAGCAAGGAAUUAAUGGCACUGAAGGACCCGUGGGUGAGAAAGGAACUGCAGGAACCAUGGGCAGAACAGGGAAACCUGGAGAGAAGGGAGACCUAGGAGAGCAGGGUGACCCAGGGAGGAAGGGGAUACCUGGUACUGAUGGUAUGAAGGGAGAUGGGGGAGACAAAGGGGACGCAGGAGACCCAGGACAGAGAGGACUUCCCGGGAAACAGGGUCUGGCAGGAGAUGACGGAGAGAAUGGAAUGAAGGGUGAAGUCGGGCGAAUGGGAAUGCCUGGAAAGAAGGGUGAGGAAGGUCCUCUUGGUGCACCGGGAGAAAGAGGACGAACGGGGAAGCCUGGAGAAGAGGGUACACCAGGCCAGAAGGGAGAUGAAGGCAGUACUGGUAUGCCGGGACGUAUGGGGUCACCAGGGAAAGAGGGGUUAAAAGGAGAGAAAGGAAUGAUUGGUCCAAUUGGCCCUAAAGGUAUGUUUGGACCCAAGGGCGACUCAGGAGAUCCCGGUAGGAAGGGAAUACCAGGAAUGAAGGGUAUGGAAGGUCCCCUUGGUCCUGAAGGUCCAACUGGCACGCCUGGACAACCGGGUUCGGAAGGAAUGUCGGGUCCUCAAGGAGAGCCAGGUAGUAGAGGUCUACCGGGGAAGAACGGGGUGGACGGAGAGCCAGGGAUGAAGGGAGAGACGGGCAUGAAGGGAGACCCUGGCAUGAAUGGAGAGCCUGGGCAAAUCGGAUUGACUGGUAAACCGGGCGAUGAUGGAGUGCCAGGGAGCCCAGGGAUGAGGGGGAAACCUGGGGAGACAGGAGAGAUGGGAAUGAAGGGAGACAACGGGACAAUGGGUCCACCCGGUCGAAUGGGGGCUCCAGGAAAAAUGGGUACUCCUGGUAGCAUGGGUCUCCCUGGUAAACCUGGUCUCCAAGGACCCGAGGGUCCGAAGGGAGACAUUGGAAUGGACGGGACUCCAGGAUCCACUGGGAUCCCUGGGAAGCCGGGACUACCUGGGAUGAACGGACGGACUGGUCCGCCGGGCAAGAACGGAGAGCCUGGCUCACGUGGACUCCCGGGGAAAGUCGGGAUGAAGGGAGAGAGUGGAAUGAGAGGACUCCCUGGAAAACCCGGUCGUAAUGGUACCAGUGGCAUACCUGGACGGAAGGGUAUCCCUGGAGGGCCGGGCUCUCGUGGGCUGCCUGGUAAACCUGGGACUGACGGGAGCCGUGGUCUCCCCGGGAAACCUGGCCAGAGGGGAAUCCCAGGGAAACCGGGUCUGGACGGUAUUCCGGGAAUGGACGGUGUCGAUGGUGUCCCUGGAACCAAGGGUGUGCCCGGUACCCAAGGAAUGAAGGGUGAACCUGGACCGAAAGGAGAAAUUCUAAUUAUUGAUGGGCCGAAGGGCAUCAGUCGGGGUGGUUGGUGAUAAGGGUGACACGGGGGAUCCCGGGGAAAGGGGAGAAGAGGGUGACGACGGCCAAAGAGGUUCUUCUGGCCGGAAAGGAGAUCUAGGAGAUGAGGGUCCGAAGGGGUGCAAGGGAGAUAUGGGAGAUAUGGGGCUAGUGGGUAUCAAGGGAAACAAGGGAGAGAGGGGUGCAGAGAAGGGCCAGAUGGGAGAGCAAGGCCAAAAAGGUGACGUGGGGCCGGAAGGUAGAGAAGGUCCCAAGGGGUCCGUGGGGGACAAGGGGGAAAUAGGAGACCAGGGACCAGUCGGUGAAAUGGGGGAGAAGGGGGAUAUUGGUGAUGUGGGGGAGAAAGGAGACACGGGGGACAUGGGCGUGGAGGGGCAAAAGGGAGAAAUGGGUGUCGUCGGAGCCAAGGGAGAGAAAGGACAGGCUGCACUCAUGAGUGUUCAAAUCUUUGACAGCUUCGAGAGUCUCAAUGCGUCAGAUCUAAAUCUCGACGUCGGUUCCGUGGCGUUUGUACUGGACACCGCUGUGAUGUAUAUCCUCACUGAAGACGGAUGGACCUCAGCUCUAGCUGCACCUAGGCCCGACACUGCCAGCAUUGGACGUCGUCGCAAGAGAGAUCUCCACACAUCCCACAGACACUUCUCCGCCUCAUUCCACAAGCAGUACCUGGAGCAGAUGAAGCUGAGAGACCAGGCAAAGCACAUGGCCACUUGCGGUAACGGUGUCAAGGAAGAAGGAGAGACAUGUGAUGCAGAGGACUUUGGAAGAGAGACUUGCCAGUCCAGCCAGGGAACAAUGUCUAUAGGAAAACUGGCGUGCACAGAAGACUGUGAAAUAGACACAUCCUCCUGCCAACCACUCAGUCUACUGAUGUUUGCCCUGAGUGAGCCGCUGAGUGGGAGUGCCGUUAGUGCACAGUACCCCACUCUUCCCUCCUCCCUCCCUCCCUCUCCUCAUCUCAACACCACCCUACGGGCCGACCUCGCCUGUCAGCUGGAUGCCAGGCGACUGGGGCUGCACGGCACCUACAUCGCCAUGCUCUCAGCCUCUCAGAGAUCUCUGGUCAACAUCAUACCCUCCCACUAUACCAGCCUCCCAGUUGUCAACACCAAGGGAGAGGUGAUAGCGUGGUCGUGGACGGCCAUGUUCUCGCAUCCACUCAACACGGCUCCACUGUUCACACUGCACGGAGAAGAUAUACGCUCCUCCAAGAACUGGUCUGGCAUGUGGCAUGGGUCCACAUCAGAGGGUGCGGCGUCACACUCAGACUGCCUGUCCUGGUCGAGCUCCUCCUACACGGCAUCAGGCUCAGCAACUCUAUUCACAGACACGCGUACCAACAGCAACGACAACAGCAACAACAUACUAUUAGAGCAAAUAGACGUUCGGUGUGACAGACCGCUCGCCGUCUUGUGUGUGUUGAGCAGUCCAGUUGUCUGACGCCUCCUGUACAGCCUAUUCAUCAUUAUGCUAUCACAGGAGCUAGUCCUUACAAAACUCUAUAGAAUUAUCUUCCUGGAUUACGGAUUGAGUAAUGUUUUGACCGAGUCUUGCAUAACAAUAAUAAUUCUGUUAUUUGAGUCUCAACAAUCUGCUAUACUACAUGUAUUAUUGUACUCUAGUUGCUGUGGUGUCAUUGUGUGAUAACUAUAUAGUGUAGCUCUGUUUUUUCACUUUCAUGUAUAAAUAAUGUUUUUUAGGAUAAUAUUGCACAUAUUUAGGGCUUGUUCCAUGAUGAAGGGAUGUGAGGUGGGAUGUGCCAACGUUUUAAAAAUGUACACUGAAAGCAAAAGCAGAAAGACAGUAGCAUAGUGUUAGGUCACACAAAACGUAAGCUAUAGAAUGCCAGUAGCAUUACUGUACCAGGUAGAGACACCACAGACAUGCAGUUUCAGUAUAGCUUUGUGCCUCUGUUUCCAUCAUGCUAGUCUCAGAAUCUUGGCUUGCCUUUUUUUCUCAAGACUGCUGCAGAGUAUCUCCAGUAAAGUGUCAUUUGCACCACCUAUCUACUACAGCAAAUCCAUUGAUUUUCCCUCCA